AUGGGUGCCGAAAAGGACGACAUGCCCGAUCAUAUCGACAAUGGAAACAAUGAUACCGAUACCCAGAUCGCAACGAAAGAAGAAAUCCCCCCUACCGAUGGCAAUCAGCUCCAGCGCCGCCUCAGCUACCGCCAGGUCCAGAUCAUGGCCAUGGGUGGCUCGAUCGGUACCGCCCUGUUCAUCAAUAUCGGCAGUGCCCUCGCAAAAGGCGGCCCAUUGAGCACUCUCCUCGCCUUCAUCUUUUACUCGUGCAUUCUAUCCUGCGUGAACAACUGCAUCGCUGAGAUGACGGUCCUACACCCAGCCCCUGGAGGCUUUAUUCGGAUGGCUGGCAAAUGGGUUGACGACGCCUUUGGCUUCAUGGCCGGGUGGAACUUCUUCAUCUAUGAAGCCCUCACUGUGCCGUUUGAAAUCACCGCUUUGACGAUGACCCUGGGCUUCUGGAGGGACGAUAUCCCUGCAGGCGCUGUGUGCGCUGCAUGCAUCGUCACCUAUUCUUGCUUGAGCAUCUUUGCUGUGAAGGUCUACGGAGAAGCAGAGUUCUGGGGCUCUAGCAGCAAAAUACUUUUGAUUAUUAUCCUAUUCUCGUUUACCUUUGUGUCCAUGGUCGGGGGAAACCCCCAGCAUGACGCAUUCGGGUUCCGCCACUGGAGGGACCCUGGCCCUAUGGCUGAAUAUGUCACUAAAGGGUACUUGGGCCGGUUUGAGGGCUUUCUGGGUGCGUUCUGGAUUGCCAGCUUUACUACUGUUGGGCCGGAGUAUGUUACUCUGAUUGCGGCGGAGGUGAAACACCCUCGUACGUAUGUGAAGAAGGCCUUCCAGACGAUUUUCUUCCGGUUCGGCUUCUUCUUCAUCCUGGGCGCGAUUGCUGUUGGUAUCCUGGUACCAUACAAUGACAAGGCGUUGGUGGCUGCCUUUAUCACCAACACUACGGACGGAACCUCGUCGUCUGGAUCUCCUUUCAUCAUAGCUAUGCGUAAUCUCGGGGUCAGUGGCUUGCCUCACCUGGUGAAUGCCUUGUUGGUCACAACGAUCUUCUCCGCCAGAAACACCUAUAUGUACUGCGCAACUCGCAGUUUGUAUGGCCUCUCCCUAGAAGGCCGAGCUCCUCGGAUCCUGCAGAAAUGCACCAAGCAGGGUGUCCCGAUCUACUGUGUCCUGAUAACGAUGUUGUUCCCACUGCUUUCUCUGAUGCAGCUCGGCAACAGCUCAUCCCAAGCGCUGGCCUGGUUGACCAACAUCCUUACCGCAGGAGGCCUGAUCAACUACUUCACCAUGGCCGUCACAUACCUCUUCUUCUACCGCGCCUGCAAGGUCCAAGGCGUCGACCGCAGCAAGUUCCCCUACUUUGGCUAUUUCCAGCCCUAUACCGCCUGGAUAGGAGUCAUCGGCGAAGGCUGCGUGAUACUAUUCUUCGGUUAUGAAAGCUUCAGACCUUGGAAUCUUACUAGUUUCUUCACAAAUUAUACCCUGGUUGUGUUUGCCAUUAUCACCUUCACAUCCUGGAAGCUUCUCCACCAAACGAAGCUGGUCAAACCGACAGAGGCAGACUUGGUUUGGGAGCGACCGAUCGUGGAUAGCUAUGAGCGCUCGACGCUUUCGAAGCCGCAGGGAUUUUGGGCGGAGAUGUUUGAGUGGAUUGGUUUGAAGCAGGAGGUUGAGGAGGGCUUUAGACCUGCAGUGUGA